CAGAAGACAGUACAAUGCAAACGGGUGCAUGCGGUCUCUACGCCACAGGUGGCGGCUUAAAAUGGGGUCAGGUCAGAUUUCUAUUGGCCGACGUGCACCCGGUUCAACAUCAGUAUCGGACAACCCUUGUGCUACUGUGGAUCCGAUGGCGACUGGUUGUUUCUGCCUGCAUGUUUAUCUGUGCAAAUGACACUGUAUUUUGUGGACAAAACGAACAGUUGUAUGGUUUCUCUAGGGCUUGAAAAGGUGUCAAUCCUUUUUCGCCUUCGCAUGCACACGGGUGCUCCCAAUCCCAGGGGCGUCGGGGUCUGUGCGUCCCUCGCGUGACUCGUCUGGUUUCCGCAGCGAAUAUCUCUAUUGUUAAGAAAGCAUCAGUUUUUUGCCGGCGGGCACAGCAGUAAUCAUUUCGGCUUGUAUGAUGGCGAUGUCUUCGGGUGCCUCAGCCCUGCGGCUGGGCUGCCGGGCGGCACCAGCCUUUUUCUGCUUGAGCCACCGCCGCUUGAUGUUCGCUGCAGCGCCACUGCAGUCAUUCUCUGUGACAAACAAACAGUUCCAUCCAGAGGGUCUUGAAGCUCAGGCUCCGCGUCCUCACCAGGGGUUGGACAUGCGCAAAAUCCACGACCACAAAUGGAUUAGCCCGUUCACAACUCGGGUUCCGCACAGGUCAGGCUACCAAUAUGACAUUGGGAAAUUGCCGUCGCUCCACGCGUGCACGCACGCUGAAAUAGCCUCCUUCUUCGACGUGGAGAAUAUGUUGCAGAAGUAUACUCUGAAACAGAUUGGCGUCAUGAUGAUUCCAAUGCUGAACUGGCUGCUCAUGGUGAUCCUCAGCAUUCUCUUGGUUGCUUGCCCGUUCCUUGGUUUCGUCUUCUACGAACAGCGGUUUGAGCCGGUGGAGCACCCUAUGCCGCGCGACGAAUAUUUCAAGAACUUCAAGUGGAACUAUUGGGGAGGACACCUUGACCACCAUGCUUUUGGUCAGUACUUGGAGGCAAGACGCACGAAGAAAUGGAGGGAAACGGAUGUUAACCCGGAUGACUGGAUCCCUCCCCAAUACCGUGGUGCCCAGUAAAGAGGAUGAGGUCACUGAAGUUAUGGUUUAACGUCGUAUGCUUCGCGAUAGUACACGAGUUCUAUCAUACCGUAGACAUCUGGGGGUGAUGUGCCGGUCCUGCAACGUUUCUUGCUUGGCAAGAACAAACUGUACAGCUUCCCCAGUUUUUGGAUGGGAGAAGCGGACACAUUUGUGUAUCGAACUUCCCCCAGUGAGUUCAAUCUUUCAGGGGAAGACACGCGGUGGUACAGCAUGUAGCUUUUCAGAAGAAAAGAUUAUAUUCAAGAGUGUGCAUCGUAUGCCGACAUUUCUUGGUUCUAGAAUAAAAAAAAGUGUACACGGAAUUGCGCGUGCGGUGUCCUGUUGCCUAGCGGGCGGUGUCCUGGUAUUCUGCAACUGCAACCAUUCUGACAUGUCAACCUGGAGAAGGUGGCUGUGCUCUUUGGAGCAAUGUGGGUUCUGUUACCAGGUAACAGCAAGCGUUCAUUUGGUGUAAGGCCGAUUGCAACUUACUUCAGCCUAUUGACGGAGGGGGUCGGCAAGCCUGACUACGGUAAUAAUCGUGUAGUUGUAAUACGUGUCGUCAAAACCGACCCAGGAAGCUCUGUAGGAGAAAACGGUGCAACUCCAGUUUUCAUUGUGGUAUUGAACGACACCCGAGCGCAUUACAGCGCACCAUAUGAACUGCUGUUGCGGGCGCUACAUUGCUAGACUUCGGUACACCAUACAGGCGAAACUGGACUCAACGUUUC